AAGUUCCGCCGUCCGCCAUUCGCCAUUUUGUUCCUCACGCGUGUUCAAGGCUUCUCUUAAUUUUCUCCGUAAAAAAGUGCAUUUUCCAUCAAAAGUAGUAAGAAUUGUGUAAAAAUGAGUUACGGUCGACCACCGCCCCGUAUCGACGGGAUGGUUUCCCUAAAAGUGGACAAUUUGACGUAUCGGACGACGCCGGAGGAUCUGCGACGCGUUUUCGAGAGAUGCGGUGAAGUCGGGGAUAUUUACAUACCACGCGACCGUUUCACUCGAGAAAGCCGUGGAUUCGCUUUCGUCAGAUUUUAUGACAAGAGAGAUGCCGAGGACGCGCUAGAUGCCAUGGAUGGACGGCUUUUAGAUGGCAGGGAGCUGAGAGUACAAAUGGCUCGAUAUGGCAGGCCAACUUCGCCACACAGAAGUCGCGGUAGUCGUCGACGUGGUGGAAGGUCACGUAGUCGCAGCAGGGAUCGCCGACGCUCCCGAUCUCGAUCCCGGUCCAGGUCACGUAGUCGCGACAGGGAUCGCAGCAGGCGUUCUUACAGUCGCAGUCAUAGCCGCUCUCGAUCGGACAGCAAAAGCUCACGAGGAAAGUCACAUUCGCGAAGCAAGUCGGCUGACAGAACGAAGGACAGUCGUUCCAAAUCCAGGGACUGAACUGCUACAGCGUAAAAUGGAUGUAAUCUGUAAACAGGCAUAAUCGAGAUGCUCCUGUGUGAAAGCAGAAUAUUCUGAAAAAGGUAUUCUAUUAUUCUAUACCUACACAAUACUUGGCACAUUCAAUCCCCUUUUAUCAUUCGCGUAUUAACCAUGGUGACUCAUUUUUGGAUAGCAAAAUACUAGGAUCAAUAAUUUUAUUGUAAUUCUAAAUUUUGUCUUUGUUGGCAAAAAAAAAAAAAAAAAAGGAACAAGAAAUUCUGAUUCAACAAUUUGAGCUGCUUGAAAAAAAAGCAAUCUGAAACAGCGUGUUACAUAUUGCGACGUUGGCCUUUACGAAAAUAAAAAAAAAAAUUCAUUUCGAUUAGGACUUGCGAACGCUUUUGUGAAAUUAUUCUUCACGAGCAAGAUGUGUUUUUUGAUUUUUUUUUUAUUUUUUUUUUGUAAUCCUAGCAAUAUGUACUGUGAAAAAAAAAAAUGUAUAUUUGAUCGUAAACGUCCCAUUUUCAAGGUAUUUUUUUUCUGUUUUCAAUAUUUCAAAUCGACGCUUUUGCUUGAAUAAUGUAUUAUACAGUCGUAGCUAGAAACCUCGAAAUUAUGUACUUUAAUAAUGUCAAGUUUUAUAUAUAUAUAUAUAUAAAAAAAGACGAAGAAGAAGAAAAUCUUUAUCGAAACAGACAAGAGUAUAAAAUCGAGGUUUCAGCGAGGUUUUUUGUCCCUUAGUUUUCUUUUUUAUAAGAAUAAUAACAAUCUAGAACAGGGAUUUCUACAACUGUCAUAGACUCUAAGUUCACCGUUUCUGUAUCUAUUCAGGAAAUUAUACGUAUGUAAGUUUGUCAUUUAUAAUAAAGCAUAGCGAUUUGUUUAAGCCAC